AGAUUUAAAUGACCGAAAAACUUAAUUCUUCUUCGUCCGCUCCGAUCGACGAUUGUCGGAGGAAUAUGGAGCAAGAUGGGAGCGAUGGAGAUGAUGAACGGACUAGCGGACAGAGUGGAGGCGAAGCUGGCGACGUGGAGUCCUUUACGGACAAAAAAGACGUUCAAACUAGUGAAAACUGCGCCUCUGCCUCAACAGCCUCUCAAUCGGUCUCUGAAUGGAAACCUUUGCCCAUUCGCAAGAAACACCGCCGCGGGUCAAGGCGAAAUAAUAACAAACCUGGAAAGAGAUAUGUACCCUACUCAAAACUUUCUUGGGAGGAGAAAAAACAGAGAGACGAGAGGGAUACUAAAAGAGCAUUUAAAUUUCGAGAACAGUAUAUUAACGCUAAAGGGCGACCGACUGCUCCGUACAAUACUACACAGUACUUAAUGGCAGAACACGAUCUAGAAGAACCAGAUUUAGGAACACACUCUCAUAUGCAGUCCGAUGGCGAGGAGGGAACCCCUCUGCGGAAAAGGGCUCCGUCUAACUCGUGUGACGAUUCAGAUUUUGACGACGAUUACAACGAAUCGCCCGAAGACGAGAUAUAUGAACAGAAGUUUUUCGAGAAAGAUUUCACGGAGGCGUAUGAGCAAGUUCAUGUGGAAAACUUGCAUUCAAUGAGCAAAAGCGAACUUGUACGCGAAUUUAUGCUUCUAGAAGAACGCAUAGAAAACAUGGAAAUUAAACUUAAAGAAGCGGGAGGUAUAGGAAGUGUAUUUACAAGACAGACUUCAGCGGAAGAACUUUCAGGGGCUUUAAACGGCGAUCACAGUCUGGACGUGGACGAGGACUCUAAACCGAGGGACGAUAUAUUGCUAGCUGAAUUGAAUAGACUUCGCCAGGAAAAUGAGCGCUUGCAGGUAGAAAACGAAGAAAUGAGGAAAAUUUAUCGUAAAUCUAACGAGACUAAUGUGUUAUGACGUUUUCGAGCAGUCAUCUGCUGAAGACGCUGUAGUUGAGUUAAAGUUUCAGAUCGGGCGCUACGAGGAAUUCUGUGAGUGGUCAAAAACGUACACUAUAAAAGGAAAAAUCACUGGUUUGCUCAAAAUGUAACUUAGGUACUAUCAGAAUUUCAAUGAUAAAGCGCGGUAAAAUUUUGUUAAUAUAUAAACUAAACCUGUUAGUUUUAAAAUAAAAUAUUGGUGUGCAGUGA